AUGAAUAAGCUAUUAGAUUUGGGGGAAAAUGAUGUUCGUAUGGUAGGGGUAUGGGGAACUGGUGGAAUUGGUAAGACAACAAUUGCUAAAGCUGUUUAUAAUUCAAUUGCCCACAAAUUUGAAGGCAGUAGAAUUAUCAUAACAACAAGGGAUAAGCAACUGUUAACUGCUCAUGAUGUUAAUUUAAUACAUGAGGUCAAGAUUUUACAUGAUCCUAAAGCUCUUGAGCUCUUGAGUUGGUAUGCCUUCAAAAGAAGUGAGCCUCCUUUGGGUGAUUAUGUGAAACUUUCAGAACGUGCAAUGCGCUAUGCUCAAGGCUUUCCUUUGGCUUUGAAAUUUCUAGGUUCUCAUCUAUAUGGUGGAAGUAUACAUAAAUGGCAAGCUGCAUUGGAUGGUUUCCAAGGCACAGAAAUUCAAGAAGUUUUCAAAAUAAGUUACAAUGCCUUGGAUGAUAGAGUGAAGAAGGUUUUCCUUGACAUCACAUGUUUCUUUAAGGGUACAAGUAGAAACUAUGUGACAGAGGCUUGUGAGCUAAACACUAGAUAUGGCAUUGAUGUACUCAUAGAAAAGGCCCUCAUAAGUGUUGAAGGAAGUUAUAUUCAGAUGCAUGACUUACUAGAAAAGAUGGGUAAGGACAUAAUUGAGCAGGAGUCGCCCACUGAACCCGGAGAACGUAGCAGAUUGUGA